GAACUUGUUUUUUAUAUGCCGGUGGUUUAAUUGUCAUGUAACGUAUUGUCCGUGUCGAUUCACUCGUCUUUGUUGACAUGUAAAGAGUGAUGGAUAUAGGAGACCUGUCAAUUUGUGGCCUGUUUUUGCCUGGUUGAUUUGCCUUAUUUGUCGUUUGGAACUCGUUCUUUACUUGACCAGUAGUUUAAUUCUCAUCUGGUAACACACUGUCCUUGUAGAUCGGAGACAUGUUAUUAGCACAACCAAUCUGUGGCCUGUUUUUGCUAGGUUGAACUGAUUUGAAAUAGGGCCAAUGGGAAAUAAACCCGCAAAGCAAGAGAUGAAGAAGGAAGAGCUGUUGCUGAAAAUUGUCCCUCCUCUUGACCGUGCAUACACUCGUUGGCUUGCUCGGGAUCUUGAGAGGAUCUAUGGCUUCACUCCACGAAAUCCACGUGCCAUAAAGCCCCCUGACCACUAUAUUGAACACAUGCGUUUGAACGGCUGGUUGGACCUGGACCUGAAUGAUCCUGACCUUGCACAUCUGUUCAAGUGAACGAACCUCGCACGAGGAAAUCUUCUCCAUAAUCUCAACUAGAGUUGGCAGAUAAGUUCUGUAGAAUGAUAGCAAGAUCUGUCAACUCUGUAUACCUUAUGCACUCUGGUUUAGAUAUCUGCAUGUUUUCGAUGUUUUUGCAA